GCGAGCGCCGCUGUUUUCUUUCUCACGUGGGUUCGUUGUUUUUCAAGGUUGUAGUGUAUGUAGGGAUGUAACGCGUUUUGGAGCACAAAUUGUAAUUGCUGUAACAAUGUACAAGUUUUGGGGAUCAUCGAUCUUUAAAUUCUACUCUCGUACGUGCUUAAAUCAUGCUUCAGUCUCGAGACUGCAGCUGUCAAGAUGUCAAGAGAUGGAGAUGUUACCACGACCGUGGUCAGCAGAUCUGAAGUGCAGAUUAUCCAGAAGUGUGGUUUCAAAUCCAAGAUGUUACAGCACUGAAAAGGGACCUCGGAUGACAGCAGCAGGUCAUCCUCAGAAUAAGAUCAACUCAGAUCUGUACACAUUCGUGGAACCACAUAGAGAAGAGGAUUUUGUGUUUCUGGACUUUGUUGAACCAGUGGACAAUAAAGAUGAUGACCUGCCUGAUCAUCUACAAUUACCUGAGCCAACUGCUAAACUAAAAAUUCAUAAGACGACUAAACCAGACAUAAACCGUAGAGGAGUGGAAAUACAACUGAACCGUUUAAAAGAGUCCAAAGUGGAGGAAGACUCGUGUAUUGAGUUUCACGAUGAAGGAUUCCCUCUGGAGGUACAUACUAAAUCAAAGAGAAUCAAAAAGCAUCAGAAGAUUUAUGGUACCCCUGAUGUGGAGAUGCCCGUCAGUGACACAUGUUGCUCUGGAUGUGGUGCUCUCAUGCACUGCGCUGACCCUGACAUGCCAGGUUACCUGCCAAGCGAGAAGUUCAAAGCCCUUACGGAGGAAGAUAAACUGAAGAAGGCCAUUUGCCAGCGCUGCUUCUUGAUCAACCACCACCAGAAGGCUUUAAACAUCACCAUGUCCAAAGAGGAGUACAGAGCGGUUGUAGGGAGGAUUAAAUCUGAAAAGGCUUUGGUGGUGUUGAUUGUGGAUCUUCUUGAUGUUCCGGACUCCAUAAUCCCGGACCUUCCCGAGCUGGUUGGGACUAACAAACGCAUUAUGAUUUUAGGAAAUAAAAUAGACCUGCUGCCUGGAGAUGCAGAGAAUUACAUGCAGCGCAUCAGACGACAGCUGGGGGCCUACUGUGCCAGCAUGGGCAUUUCUAUCAAAGAUCCUAAAGACAUCCACCUUAUUAGUGCCAAAACAGGUUAUGGGAUAGAAACCCUGAUUUCGAGACUGCAGUCCACCUGGAGGUACAAGGGUGAUGUGUAUUUAGUUGGGACUGCUAAUGCUGGGAAAUCCACACUGUUUAAUACGCUGUUGGAGUCUGAUUAUUGCAAAUCCAGAGCUUCAGAUGUGAUCCAUAAAGCUACCAUAUCUCCAUGGCCUGGAACAACGUUAAACCUCCUGAAGUUUCCCAUCAUCAACCCAACCCGCUACCGUAUGCACAGAAGGGCAGAGAGACUUAAACAGGCGUCUCUUCUGACAGAGGCAGACAUGAGCCCACAGGAACUGAAGAGAAUCAAACAGUUUAGCAAGCGGGGAUACUUGGUCGGUCACAUUGGGAGGACGUUCAGAACAGAUCAGUCUCACAAGAAAACCCUUGUCGAGUUUGAUCCUGACAGCCUGAGCUUUGGAGAAGAUCCAGAGGAAGACAACAUACAGAAUGUGUCCCAAGAUGCCACCACAGACACAGAACUCACCUACAAUGAAAUUAAAGAUGCUCAUUGGUUCUAUGACACCCCAGGCAUAAUGAAAGAAUGUGACAUUCUCAGCCUGUUGAACGAGCAGGAAGUGAAGUUGGUGGUACCUACUCAGGCCAUUACACCAAGAACGUUUGUAAUGAAGCCCGGUAUGGUCUUAUUUUUGGGAGCUUUGGUACGCAUCGAUUAUUUGGAGGGGGAAAACUCAUGCUGGUUAACAGUUGUGGCAUCAUCUCGUGUUCCAGUUCACAUCACCAGUUUGGAAAAGGCUGACGCAAUCUACAAGAAACAUGCUGGGAAUGUCCUUCUUGCAGUCCCAUCAGGUGGUGAGGAGCGCAUGAAAGAAUUUCCACCACUUAUUCCUCAAGACUUUGAACUCCUGGGGCAGGGAUGUGACACAGCUAUUACUGACAUCAAACUUUCAUCUGCGGGCUGGGUUGCCGUGACUGCAGCUGAAGGACAACUGUUGCUGAGAACUCACGCCCCAGAGGGGGCAGGACUGUGUCUGCGCACCCCGCCUUUACUGCCCCACAUUGUCAAUCUGAAAGGAGAACGAAUCAAAAAGACUCCUGGCUAUAAGACCAAACAGCCACAAGUGCUGGUGGAUGCCGGCCUUUCUGCAAAAGCAGCUGAGAGACUGAAAGUUAGAACAAAAAAAUCUAACAAUAAAACUUAAAUACAUU